AUGGACGAAGAGCGUUAUCUAAAAGACGAAGAAGAAUUAGGCUACCUUAUAAGUAGGAUCCGUGACUUAUACAACCUCUAUAAAGAUUUUAAAUUCAGAUACAAAGAAUUUACUCAAUUUUCAGAAAAGGCGCCAGAACAUAUUUUCUUGAAAGAUCCAGACAUUCAAAGAAAAUUUCGUGAUGAAUUUAUUGAAAAAUUAUCUGAAAUCCCUUCUCCGCCUCCUAUACCUUUAUAUCCAGACACUCUUCUUUCAGAAUUUUUAUCAUUAAAAUCUGGCCCUCGUGCUGAUAAUUUUAUCAAAAUAUUGAGUGAAUUUUAUUACAAUCAAUCUACUUAUAUAAAGCACUACAAGCUGAAAUUUCUAUUAAACUGGGCACACAUCUAUCAUAUUAACAUUAACAUUAGAUUAAUAGCGCUUAACGUCCCUUACGGAGUUGACCGUUCCCAGGUCUAUCGCUUACCUUUCGGCACAUUGGGCCCACUAGCCGCUGGGCCGACCAGCUUUGUUGUGCCAGCGUGCGUCUAGGGGCAAACGUUGCCGGCUUCGACAGCUACUUGCUUGAGUACAUGGAUUGCCUUUCCGAAAAUCCAUAAAAAAAUGGAUUUUCUGGUCGGCUCUCGGCAAAAAGGAAAAACACGUAGUCUGGGACCUAACGCCCAGUUUCACGCUAGGGAGUUGCCCGAUUAGUCCUAACGGACUUGGCUGAGCUUCCCCUUUCCAACUUCCGUGCCUCCUUCCCCACGAGGAAAAACCAUCCCUGAAAGUAGACUUGGGCUAGGCUCUGUGCACAACCAGAAUUGCUUAUAGAAAUUGUCCGAGGAUGGUGCAAAAUAGCGCAAUCCUCGGGCAAUUUCUAUAUCUAGCAUUGCUGUCCAUUUCUGAAAUGUAAAACCUUGCCGGAUAUAAUUAAAAUAUGAGUCGAGGCUGCACGGCCGAGAGGCCAUGCCCAGACGAAUCCGCCAUAUUUUAAUUACGGGCACAUCUAUCACAAUUUGUGCGAGUUGACCAUCUAAACCAGCACGUAAACCAGAGAAUAGUAAAAUUAACUGAUCUCCUAAAGCUUUAUAAUAAGCGUUAUUCUUUAUUAACAAGCGAAGAUGAAGCAGCAAUUACAGAAGCCAUCGAAAGCCCUUCAAUUUUUGACAGCUAUAUCAGAGACUACAUAAAUAUAAAAUCCAACCUCUUAAACACCCACAAAAGUAUCGACAGAUUUCUUCAGAGACUGAAAUGGCUUUCAGUAUCUCAUAGGUCAGAAAUAUGAAAAAGGUCUAAUGAAAUUUUAUAUGAGCUUAAACAACGGUCUAUAGAAAGAAUGAAAUUAAUCACAGGAAGGGAGGACAUCGGGGAGUAUAAGCUUGUGGUAAAUCUUAUGACGAAUAUUAAUUUGAGGAAUUUAAGAAAACAAAGAGAAAUCAUGAAAAGGGCCAAAGCUAUCCAUUCAACUUUUGCUGAAGAACAUUUGAACUUAAACGAGCAACUUCUGAAUUCUCAUGUUGAUGAAAUUGAUGGCCCACCUGUCUUUAUUUUAAGUAAAAAGCAGCUAGCAAAAAUUCUGUAUUCAAUUCAAAAAGAAUUCGCCUUAAUUUCUAAUAUUGAAGAAGACAAUGGGAGUUCUUUAUUUUACCAAAUAUCGAAUUUAUUUCCUAUUAUUUUUCAAAAUCAAUCAAAAAGACUUGACUGAAUCCCAGCAGAAAAAUUUGAAAAAGACCAGUUAGAUAUAAACAGACUUUCUAAUGUAAACGCUUCAAAAGCAUUCAGAUCUGUUCGCAGAAAUUCUCUAUAUGUCCCGAUCUCUUAUCAGACCUUAGGAAAUAGGCCAGUAAGAACCAUUUAUAUAAAAAAUGCUGAUUGGCCUAAAAAUUCAAGAAUAACCCCUGCAAUCCCUGCCUGGCAGAAAAAGCAGUCAGCUCAGCUAAAAAGUUUCUUAAAAAUUGAUAAUUUGUUAAGCAGCUCUUUUUUGAUAUUAGAAGUGCAAGACCAAUCAGUCGUCACCAAAAUUGUUGAAGAGUUUUCUCACACCUAUGUAGACCGUGCAAGUAAACGAGGAGUCUUGCUGAGUGAACUUGGGCUUUCUAAUGAGGAUUUACUAAAACGAUAUUUUGCAUCCUUAAUAAAUGAUGCUAAUAUUGAUAUAAGCAGCACUCAAGAGCCAGAAGAGCCAUUAGACCUGCCAAUUCACAAUAUAAAAAGCUUAUUUUUAUUGAGACUUUUGAAAUCAAGGUUCCAAAAACAGUCAAUUUUAAAUAUUUUAAAUGCCAUGAAGUCCAUUGAAAGAAGGAUUUUUUUUGAUAUGCAAGAUUUAAUGCAGGGCCAAAACACAAAAUUAAUAGAAAAUGUCAAUAAAUAUGUAGAAGAAGAAAAUAUCACCCAUUAUUGGCCUGAUAAAUGUGCAGAAUUAUAUGGGAGAAAAAACAACAUUGAAACUUUAGAAGGAGAAAUUUAUGUCCAAGACGAGUUUGGGUAUAAUAUUUUAUAUAAAGAAGCAGUAGACGAUUUUAAUGAGCUACUAGAAGAACUAAAAAAAUUAGGGAGCUUUUAUAUUGAUAAAUUUGAACUGUGAAGCGAAGAACAAGGAGAGUGUUUUCCAGUUAUAGAUAGAGACUUAAUGCUAGGAGAAAUGCUUGAUGAAGAGCUGAAAUUCCAAGAAGAAAAAUUAAAAUUGAUAUUUUUAUACUUUUUUUAUUAAAAAAUAAAAUUUCUGUUAUAAAAAGCUAGAAAAAAAUAAUUAGCUGUAAAAAAGGAUAUAUAACGAAUUAUAUGAUCAUGCCAUAGACGCAGGAAUGCAAGGGACCAUUGCAAAGCAAAUUUUAAAUUUAAUUGCAAUGAGGCCAAGAUAUUUUCUUAAUGGGUCGUAUUUCACACAAAGCUAUUGGGCACACAUAAACUCACUUCAGCAGCAUUUUCAGACUAUUAAUAUAAUUUUAGAAAAUUCAAGAUCCGCACUUCAUGUCCCAGAAGUUUUCGAAUCUUCAGGGAAUGCUAGAGAAAUUGAGAUUUUUGAAGAAAUUUCUUGGAUACACAAGGCAUGGCCACUUCUCCAGCAAUGCAUUGAUGAGCUUUCUUUAAUCCACCAGAUAGAAACGCCUUUAUUUUCAAGUGCCCUUGAACAAGCGGUAUGGGAAUUUUCGCAGCAUGACUGACGGUAUUCUCAAUUUUCAGGCCGUGGGCAUUUUCCUGAAGAAAUUUUGAUUGACCGUGGAGAACUUGUGACAUCAAUUAUUUCUGAGCUUGAAAGAGAAGUCAAGGUUAAAAAUUGGAGGAUGCUGCCCAAAUUAAGUUUAUUAGCUGAUGGUAGGAAAGGCCCUGUUGAUAGUAAUAUACCAAGUCUUCAACAGUUAUAUGCGAAUUCUUUAGAGAUCUGAAAAUUUCGAUCAGUUUUAGAAAAGACCCUUGAGGAAAGAGCUAUUUUAGAAGAAAUUUAUAUUUUACCAAUUUAUUUGCCUAUAUAUUUAAAUUUGAUAUACUUUUUUUUACCAAAAUAUAAGAAAUUAGCCUUAAGGGUGCUAGGAGAAUUUCAAUAAAAAGAGGAUAUAUAGCACAAUUCAAAAAAAUGGGCAAAGAGAUCACUGAAGCUCCUCCUGCAAAUUGAGAUGUUGGGUUUUACUUAACCUCAAGAGUCGACGAAGGCCCAGGCUCAAGGAUAGACUUUUCUCUUUCCGCUUUUGAAAUAGAUCCAAGCUUAAGAUCAAAUUUGCAUUUCGGGAACGUCCACGCUAUAAAAACUUUAUUUCUGACCUGUGGACUAGAAGAAAUAAGAACAGUAGCUUUAUAUGAAAUAAUGAAUAAGCAUUUAUUAACAAUCGCUAUACAAACAAAUCAAGCUGCAAUUGAAGACUCAGAAAAACAAAUUUGUGAUAUUGAGCUUGCAAGAGAUUUAGCUUAUGUCCCAAAAUUAUCAAAAGUAAAGUGAAAUAAUAUGUUUGGAAGAAAAGGAGAAGGACUAAUUCCUGAUAAAAUUGAAAGAGAAGUCAAAAGGCUCCAAAUAAAAAUGUUAAGUGAAGCAAGUAUGUUUGGCUUUGAUAUUAAACAUAAAAAACUGAACCACAGAGAAAAUCUUGAAAAUAAUUAUAAAAGAAUUGCAGAAAAAUAUAAAACUAUUUUUGAAGAAGAAAAUUUGCAUCUUGUAUUGAGAUAUACAAGAUGCUUGUGUGUUCAGGCUUACUGCAAUGAGGUGUUAAGAGAAGCAUAUCAUGACUCAAUUAAGCUGCAAGUCAUUAAGGUUUUAAGCGAAUAUUGUCUACUUUUGAAAUUGGUACCAGAAGACUUGUACAAUGCAUUUGUAGAGGAAAAUCCAAAACCAAACCAAUUAAUAGAUGAAGAAGGGAAAAUUGUGAAUAUUUUAUAUAUACCAACAAUUGAAGAUAUUUUAGCAUUACCAAGCUUUACAAAUAAUGAAAAAUCAAGCUGGGCAGAUUGGGAUCCUUAUUUAAUAGCAGAAACCCCAGAAAUUUACCAUAAAAAACUCAAAAAUCUUUUAUUGAAAAAUUCGAUUUCCCAUGAUUUCAACUAUGGGUCAUUAAAAAUUUCUAAUGACUGGCAUUUUAAUUCUUCAGUGAAAAAUUAUUUAGAAUUAUUGAUCACUAUGAGCAGGAUUUUUGGAAUUUUAUUAUUUUCAAACAGCAUGGAGCUACCAGGAAAAGAUAUCACUAAUAUGGUAGAUUUAUUAUUGUAUAAAAAUAAAUAUUGAAAAAUAAUUCAAGAAAAUGAAGAAACAGACCCCAGAGCAUUAGCAGUUUUUAGAAUGCUAAAAGAAAGCAGUCCUCAGUUAGUUUUGUAUAAUAUUUUUAAAAAAAUCAUAGAUUUUCUUAAAGGAAUGCAGAGCGAAAUGCAGACUUUAAAUAAAAUAGAUCAAUGCAAAUACCUUAUUUUUGAAGUAAAAAGAAUUUUUCAAUGCAUGGCAAUUUCUAUAUUUGAAUGCUGAAAUUGAUGCUUACUCCCCCCCCCCCUCCGUGAGCGAACAAAACCAUUAGAAAAAUCGCCAUUUUUUGACCAAAAACCCACCCUCCGUGAGUGAACAAAAAUUUUUUUUUAAUAGAAAAAAUUUUAAUGGAAAAAAAAUUUGAUAUAUAAGUGAUAAUUAGUAUAAUGAAAUCUAGAGCUAAUUCUGUUUAAUUUUAAACAAAUUGCGUUUUAAAACAUAAAUUUUGCAAAUUAAAUUAAUAUUUGCUUCCCAAUUUUUGCAAAUUAGGAUUUUUUUAAAUUUCGAAAAAAAUAUUUUUUUAUAAAAUUUAUAUAUAAAAUUUUUUAAAAAAAAAAAAAAUUAAACCCCCCUCCGUGAGCGAACAAAAAUUUUUUUGUUCGCUCACGGAGGGGGGGGGGGGGGAGUUAGAAAAUCAUAAUGAAAGUGAUGGCAAAGAAGUAUUAGAAAAUAUUUGUGAAAAUUUCAGGCUAACACGUAACAAUUUUAUUCACGGGUUAAAAAACUCGAUAAACGCUAAGUCAUCAGAAAGCUUUCUAAUAAAUUUAGGCGAAAAUUUAGUAUUUUCUGAUAACCAAAACUAUCUAAGCCUAGGACUUGUAGCAAGUUCAUCUGUGCUCAAAUUAUCGUCAACUUUUGUAGACUGCUCUAUAGAAUGCAGAAAUUAUUUUUUUAAAAAAUUCAUUAUGAUAGAAAAAGACAGCAGAAAAAUGAUUUUUAAUAAAAAUAAAUCUGACACAGAAUCAGUGGCAACUCUUGAAGAGGAACUUGAAGCUUGGAAAUUGAAAUUAUCAUGGCUUUCAUAUAAAUUCGAAAUCGAUAUCCCUUCUAGCUCUCAAGACUAUUUGUCAUUAAUAAAGGAAUAUUAUGACACAAUAAAGACAAAGGCUUCUUUUCUUAUCCAAAAACAAAAAUCCCCAGAAAAUUUGUUCUUGAAAUUAUUUUUUCAGAUUUCCUUGUGUAAAGAGUCUAUAAAUCUACUUCAAUCUCAAUUAAUAAGCCUUAUAGAUACCACAGGCUUAGAUAUGGGCAUAACAGGAAAAUCUGAGUUUGCUUGUAAUUUUGAUAAAAAUACCCAUAUAAAGGACCUCCGCCCUGGGGAUAUUCAUAAUUUUAUAAAUACAAUAAGAAACAGAGGAACUGCAAUAGAAGCCCCAACAUCAGGUAAAUCCUUUACUUUUGCUUUGUCUGACUUAAAUUAUUUAACUAAAAUGCUUGCUAGCCGCAUAAUAAAAUACGCAGAAACUGAGGUAAGAAUCAAAGAAGAAGCCAAUCAAAUAAAAUCUCAGCUAUUUGAUUUCCAGCUAAAAGCCUUAUCCAAAGAAGAAAAAUCGGUAAAAAAAAGUUUGGAAUUAUUUAAAUCAAAUUUUGAAGGGCUUUGCAAUUCAAAUAUAUCAACAAGAGGCAUUCAUUCAUUAGAUUAUAUACAGAAGUUCCCAGCCAGCCCACUAAUGGCUUUUCACGUCUCUAAUACGCACUACUCCCUUGCUUACUAGCCUGAUUACACAGACUAAGGCUUGUGCUGCUUUCUCUGGAUAAGGGCCUGCACUUGCUAUCUGCAGGUAAAGAUGUUGGGUCACCAUGCAGUACGACGACAGGGCUACCUGCUUCGAAAAUUCAAAAAGAGAAUUAUCUGGCCAGGCUAUCGACCGAGGUGAAACUUGUAGCCUAGGGAGCAACUCCCGGUAUCGCGAUAGGAAAAUGCCGGAUUGACCAAGAAAGCCUUCUGACCUUGCUGGGUUAUACCUUUCCAACUUCAAGUUCCAUCCUCCCUUGGGGGUAAAACCUUGCCCUAGAUGUGAGCCUGUGCUCGGGGCGCCCGACAUUGCGCUCCACCAGACCAAGUAAAACCCAGCCGGACACACUUACCGAGCGCUGUUCCCUCUUUCACAAGGUCCCAGACUCCCGUCUUGUUACAGGUGUUAGAGAGCAGGUUUGAUUCUCCAGGCCAUUUUUAUGAAUAUAUAUCAAUAAGAGGUAAUAAAUUGAUUUAUACAUUAGAUUCAGCAUUUAGAGAAUUAAAUGAGAUUAAGUCCAAUAUGAAGCAUUUGUAUAAGCAAACUGAUGAAUUUAUAUAUAAAGAUUUUAAAGAAGAAUUACAAGAAAAAGGUAUAUUUAGUAUGAAAAAAUAUGCAUAAUAGUAUUUGAUAGUAUACCCUAAUUUUAUAUAAACAAAAAAUAAAUCAUUAAAAGUUUAUGGAUUUCCGGCCAAGAAAGAAUAGAAAAAUUCAUGAUUUAAAAGAAAACCAUAGAGACUAUUAUAACGAAAUGGCUCAAACCUUAAAAACAAAUUUGACUGAUAAAAAAGAAGAAGCCCUAUUAGAAGUCAAAUCUGGAACCUCUGAAUACAAAGCAUUCGAGCUACAAAAAUUUAUUCUCGAUGAUAAAAAUGAUACAGAAAAUAAAGAAAAAACUGAACUAAGCCGUCUGCAAGACAAUAUCAUAAAAAUCCGUAUCAUGAAUAAAUGGAUUUUACACAGAAUAAAAGAACGCAAAGAAAAACAAAUAAAUGAGCUUAAAGAAACCCUCCAAUCUAAUCAAUACUUAUGGGAGCAAAUAAAUGAAUCUGAACGACGAGAAGCUUUAUUAAAACAAGAGCUUUCUUUAACCCAACAAAAUCUUGCCACAGGAGAAAAGCUAGCAGACUAUUUGCAAGGACAAAUAGAAGACAUGAAUAAUCAAAGGCUAAGGCUACAGCAAUUUAAAACCACAAAAGGAAGAAGAAUAAUUGAGCUAGAAGCCAAAGUGAAAAAACAAAAUUCAGCAGAUAGGGCCGAAAACCAAACUUUUUUACGUGGACUUUAUAUCCAAGACAAACUAUUAAAAAAAAAUUUUAAUAAUGAAGCUGAAGGUGCGUUGGAAUAUAUAGAAAAAUCUCAUGAAUAUUCAGCAAAAAUAAAAAAUUUAGAGGAAAAAAUUAAAAGGGAAAGGCAAUUGAAAUUGGAUGGGUUUAAUGAGGUUGUUAUGCUGAGAGAUGAUAUGAAUAAAAUUGGAGGAAAAGAUAGGGAAGCAUUGUGGAAAUAUAGAUAUCAAGAAUUGCUAGCGGAGUCUGAGAAAUUAAAAGAACAAAAUGCACAGCUGAAUAUUCAUUUGGUUACUCAUGGAGGAAAUCAGGUUGAAGUUGUGGAUUUAAAUAGAACAGUUCAGAAUUUGCCAAAAAUUGAACCUAAAAAUAGGAGGUUGAAUACUACUUUGAUAUAA